AUGGCCUCAAACAAGAAGCCUUGGGUCUUCCUGCCCUUCCUGGGCGGCUCGUCGAAGAACCCCGAAAGGGACAUCGCGAGGGGACAGAAUGGAGCGAGGGCAGAGAAGACAAAGGAUGUAGUUGAUCCGGCGCUGGCGAUGCAGGCGACUGUAGACGAUUUCGCUAACAUGGAUGAAGAAGCGAUCGUACAAGACUACAACAGUCCGAUCCAUAUGUGGGUCAUAGCGACGCUCUUCCCCCUCACAGCAGGGACCUUUGGCCCAAUGGCAAGCAUGUUCAAUAUAUGUGCGAUCGCAAUCCCCUGGCGUCUGAUCGUCAAUCCGGAGUCCACACAGUCUAACGGCACUCACAUUGGUGAUCCGAAAUGGCUCGUCGGCGUCAACAUCGUCUCGCUCGUCAUCGCCAUCCUAGCGAACCUGUCCUUACUGGGUCAAAUGACGAACCGGCUGCGGUACAAUGUGAGCGGUCCGAUUACCAUUAUCGGCUUCUUCAUAUCCGGCUUCGUGGAUAUCGCGCUUGUGGGAGCCGCGGAGUCGCAUCUGAAACUCCCAGACACGCCGAACGCUACUUAUUCACAAGCGUUCUACUAUGCGGCGAUUUCGGGAGCGAUUUAUGUUAUCCUGGCGAUGAUGCUGAGCGUCACGGCCUACGGGAUCUGGUUCGGCCGCUACAGCACGGAGUUCAAGCUCAGCAUGUCGCAGCGGUCUCUGAUGCUGCAGACGAUCCUGCUGCUGACUUACAUCCUCGCUGGCGGGGGUGUGUAUUCUGUGAUUGAGAAGUGGUCGUAUCUGGAUUCGACGUACUUCAGCGUGGUUACCAUUUUCACCAUCGGGUUUGGAGACUUCACGCCUGCGACACACCUUGGAAGAAGUCUAUUCUUCCCAUUUGCAGUUGGAGGGAUCCUGUUCGUUGGUGUCAUCAUUGCUAAUAUCAGGACACUGGUACUGGAGAGUGGCUCUGUGAAGGUGUCUACCAGACUGGUGGAGAAGGCAAGGUUCAAGUCUAUCAAGGCUGGGAAUCCGGACGAGGGCAUACUGAGGCUGAGAGGUGUCAAGAAGCGGGACUGCAAUGCCGACACCGAGCUGGAGAGGAGGGAGAAGGAGUUCCUCAUCAUGCGUGAGAUCCAGGCGGAGGCAGCGCAGAACAACCGGCUCUUCAGCUUGAUCUUCUCUUCGAUCGCCUUCAUGAUCCUCUGGUUCAUCGGCGCCGUGGUCUUCUGGCAGGCCGAGUCCAAGAGCGUGGGAGGCGAGGACUGGACCUACUUCUCCAGCCUCUACUUCACCUUCGUCGCUCAGCUGACUAUAGGAUACGGUGAACUCGCACCGCAGACCAACUCCGCGAAGCCCGCCUUCGUCUUCUGGGCCCUUAUUGCCUUGCCGACUCUCACCGUUCUCGUUGGAGCCAUCGGCGACACGGUCUCCGCCUUCGUCAACUGGUACACGACCUGGAUCGGCAACCACACGGUCAACUUCUGGCGCAUCUUCCGCGCCCCCUUCACCAGCUCCAACCCAAAAUCCGCGAUCAAGAGCGCCGCGCGGGACAUGCGCGAGGACCGCGAGAAGUCCAAAGCAGCCGAAAACGGCGGCGCGGAAGCAGACAACGGAUUCCGCCAAAUUGCCCAUCUGGAGCAGCAGUCUACCGUCCCACACGGCUUCGACCUCUCCGGCUUGACAGAAAUGGAAGCAGCCGUCGCAGAAGAGACGUACAAACCUUUCAUCAUCCUCAAAGCCUCGCAGAAGAUCCUCGAACACCUGGACGCUUCCCCGCCACGCAAGUACUCCUUCCAAGAAUGGACCUGGCUGCUCAAACUUCUCGGCGAAGACGAGACGGACGAGCGGGGGCACAGGCGCGUGGGGCAGGAGUUACCGGAGGGCGCGGAGGUGGUGAGUCCGGUCCGCACGCACGGAAGCCAGAUGUGGAGUUGGCUAGGGCAGGAAAGCCCGUUGAUGAGUUUGGAGGAGGAUAGUGAGCCGAAGUGGGUGCUGAAGAGGCUGAUGUGGGCGCUGGAGAGGGAGUUGAAGGAACGGGCGGAGAGGCAUAUUGAACGGGAUAUUGGGGCGGAGUGUUUGCCGGGAGGCAGUAGUGGGAGUAGCAAGGAAGGUGAGGCUAGUGGGAGUAGUAAGGAUGGGGAAAUGAGUGAGAAGGGAGGCCAGGGGCAGGGGCAGCAUGAUACUGUGGACUUUGCGAAGUGA